AUGUCGUCCAGCAACCAAAAGCCUCUUCCGUUUGCCUACCAGUUCGCCGCUGGAGCUGUCGCUGGUGUAUCAGAGGAAGCGCAGCUGACAUGGGCUCAUCAUGCCACAAACCACAGGCAACUUCAAUCCAAUGUCGCUACCUCCGCUGCAGAGGAAAGAUACAAUGGCAUGUUUGAUUGUUUCCGCAAGAUCAUCAAGAACGAAGGAUUCUCACGUCUAUACCGCGGUAUCUCGGCCCCCAUCUUGAUGGAGGCUCCCAAGCGUGCGACCAAGUUCGCCGCCAACGACAGCUGGGGCUCGUUCUACCGGGGCCUGUUCGGCGUGCAGAAGCAGACACAGUCGUUGGCCGUGCUGACAGGUGCCACCGCGGGCGCCACCGAGGCCUUCGUGGUCGUGCCCUUUGAGCUGGUCAAGAUCCGUCUGCAGGAUCGCGCCUCCGCAGGCAAGUACAACGGUAUGCUGGACGUGGUGCGCAAGAUCAUCGCCACGGAGGGCCCUCUUGCCAUGUACAACGGUCUCGAGUCGACGCUGUGGCGUCACAUCCUCUGGAACGGCGGCUACUUCGGCUGCAUCUUCCAGGUCCGCGCGCAGCUCCCCGCCCCCGAACCCGGCAACAAGUCCCAGCAGACCCGCAACGACCUGAUCGCCGGUACCAUCGGUGGUAUCGCCGGUACCGUCCUCAACACCCCCAUGGACGUCGUCAAGUCGCGCAUCCAGAACUCCCCCAAGGUCGCCGGCCAGGUGCCCAAGUACAACUGGGCCUGGCCUGCCGUUGGCACCGUCAUGAAGGAAGAAGGUUUCGGCGCCCUCUACAAGGGUUUCAUCCCCAAGGUGCUCCGUCUGGGUCCCGGUGGUGGUAUUCUGCUCGUUGUUUUCACGGGUGUCAUGGACUUUUUCCGUAAGAUGCGUGGCGAAUAG